AUGCUGGAGAAGGAUACAUGGAAAUUAGUAACUGCCACAGCACUAUUCACUGUUGCAGUGACCACGAUUGCAGAUUGUGCUUGGGCUCGUUGGCAAACACAAGGGACAGCAAUUGUGCAACGAAGAAAUAAAAACAAAGGGGAAAAAACUGAAUCAGUUACGGAUAAAUGCCACCAAUAUGAUGACCACUUUAUUCGCCGAUCUUUGAAGAACAAUAUUGAAUUCCUUGGCGAAGACACAAUCAAAAAACUAUCCAAUCAAUACGUUGUCGUUGUGGGGGCAGGUGGAGUUGGAUCUUGGGUGGUCAACUCUUUGGUCCGUUCGGGGUGCCGAAAGAUCAGAGUUGUUGAUUUUGAUCAAGUUUCACUAAGUUCGUUAAAUAGGCACAGCUGUGCCAUAUUAAAUGAUGUCGGUACUCCAAAAGUGGACUGCUUACAGAGGCACAUGUCGGAAAUUGCACCAUGGUGCGAAAUUGAUCCAGUCAACGAAUUAUGGACCCUGGAAAAUGGUGAAAGAUUAACUCUUGGAAAUGGUGCACCUGACUUUAUCGUGGACUGUAUUGAUAAUAUUGAUACAAAAGUUGAUUUGCUCGAGUUUGCCUAUAACCAUGGCAUCAAAGUUAUUUCAUCCAUGGGUGCUUCCGCGAAGAGUGAUCCUACAAAGCUUAAUGUGGGCGACUUGGCCACCACUGAGGAAGAUCCUCUUGCAAGGGUAGUGAGAAGAAAACUGAAAAAAAGAGGUAUCUUGUCUGGUAUCCCUGUAGUGUUUAGUGCCGAAAAACCUGACCCGAAGAAGGCUAAAUUACUACCUUUACCAGAUGAAGAAUAUGAAAGAGGGAAAGUUGAUGAGUUGAGCGCCUUAAAGGAUUUCCGCGUAAGAAUUCUUCCCGUUUUAGGUACUAUGCCAAGUUUAUUCGGACUGACCAUCACUACAUGGAUUCUAUCAAAUAUAUCUGAUAAACCUUUAGAACCUAUUGAGGGUAAAAAUAGGAUCAAGGUGUAUGAUGGAAUAUAUCAAUCGUUAGCCGGUCAAAUGAGCAGGAUCGGUAUAUCAAGCCAACGAAUCCCACUAGCUUUGAAGGAUGUUAGUUACCUUGUUGAAGAGGUGUUUAAGGGUAAAUCUCCAAUCAGCGGUACCUCCACUAGACUAACCUUAUCUAAAUGGGAUCCUUCUAAACCUAUUUCUCUGCAAAAUGUGGUGGUACUAACAAAAAACGAACAGAAAGUACACGAAGACCGCGUUUUGAAAGGUAAAGAAAGCCUAAAGGAUGUUUAUGACACCAAAGUUCUAGAGUUGAUUUCACAAAGAUUUAAAGAAGAAGCUUAUUACUCUCAAUUCAGAUGA